UCCGGGCGCCGCCGUAAACGUCAGUGUUGGGCGCGUAUGGUGGCGGUGUGGUUUGGUAUUCAAGUUUGGUCUCCGUUACCUGUUGCGAGCCAUGGAGAGUGACUUUUAUCUACGUUACUACGUGGGUCACAAGGGCAAGUUCGGCCACGAAUUCCUGGAAUUUGAGUUCCGACCCGACGGGAAACUGAGAUAUGCCAACAACAGCAAUUACAAAAAUGAUGUCAUGAUCAGAAAAGAGGCUUAUGUACAUAAAAGUGUGAUGGAGGAGCUGAAGAGAAUAAUCGAUGACAGUGAAAUUACCAAAGAAGAUGAUGCUUUGUGGCCUCCUCCUGACCGAGUGGGCCGGCAGGAGCUUGAAAUCGUCAUUGGAGAUGAACACAUUUCUUUCACAACGUCAAAAAUUGGUUCCCUUAUUGAUGUCAAUCAAUCCAAGGAUCCAGAAGGCUUACGAGUAUUUUAUUAUCUUGUCCAGGAUCUGAAGUGUUUGGUCUUCAGUCUAAUUGGAUUACACUUCAAGAUUAAGCCAAUCUAGAUUAAACAUUAGUAUGGACACAAGGGGUUGAGGAUGGGAAUAGCUGUUUUUAAUUACCAUUAUGCGGAAAUUUUUGUGUAUAUCAGCGCAAUAUUUUUUUUAUAAACUUUAAAUGAUUGUCUUUAAUAAAUGCAUAACAAAAU